AUGCGAUUCACAGCUCUGGUCCUAGGCCUUUUGGCCUGCCUGGUGUCCUCCGUCACAGCAACCGCCCUCACAUACCGACUCGAGGCCAACGAGAAAGCCUGCUUCUACAAAUUCGUCGAACAGCAAAACACGAAAGUCGCCUUCUACUUUGCUGUUCAAUCCGGUGGUUCUUUUGAUGUGGACUACGCUGUCGUCGGACCCGGUGAGAAGCCCGUCCUUGACGGCACCAAGGAGCGCCAGGGCGACUUUGUCUUCACAGCCCAGAGCAUCGGCGAGUACCGAUUUUGCUUCAACAAUGAGAUGUCCACGUUUGCCGAGAAGAUGGUUGAUUUCGAGAUCGCGCUCGAGAAUGAACAACGCGCCGAACUCCCCUCGCGCCAGGGCGCCAACCCCGAACAAGCCUCCGCUAUCGAAGAAUCCAUCUUCAAGCUCUCGGCCCAGCUCUCCACCAUCUCCCGCAACCAGAAAUACUUCCGGACCCGCGAAAACCGCAACUUCAGUACCGUGCGCAGCACUGAGCGCCGUAUCUGGAACUUUAGCGUGAUUGAGGGAUUGAUGAUGGUUUCUAUGGCUGGGUUGCAGGUGUUUAUCGUCCGGUUCUUCUUCCAGGGGGCGAGGAAAGGUACGUACACCCGCUCAGUCAGACAGAAUAAUAUCUGGCUCUGCCCGGAUUUUGUGGAGGGACAAGGGCAAGGGAACUCGCUGGCUAACUUUUGCGCGCAGGUUAUGUGUGAUGAGUGA